CUUUUUUCCCUAGACUUGGAAUAUUCGGGCUGUUAUAACACAGGCAGUUCUUGUGACAGUUUUUAAUGCAGUUUUUCUUUGUAAACUAACACAGAAGUGCAUACAAUGGGCACUCAUGCUGGAACAAUGAUCUUGAUCCUCUGCCUGUUCCCUUUCCUCCUUUUCGAUGGUGGUGGCCAAGUCGCUGCAAACAAUCAACCUGUUAUUGGAGGAAAUCCGUUUGUUCUGUUACCAGAAGAUACACCUGUUGGUUCAAUUGUUUUCACAAUUGAGGCUACAGAUAAAGACAAUGAUCCUCUGACCUAUGGUGUAAUUGGACGAGAUUCCUUUUAUUUCUCUUGUAAUUCCAUCAAUGGUGAUGUGACUCUUGUUCUCACUUUAGAUUAUGAGAGUAAAUCAAAGCUUGAAAUUACUCUGACAGUAACUGAUGGAUUUGAACUGGUUCAGAAACUAUUCAACGUUGAAGUGACAGAUUGCAAUGACAAUGCACCUGUAUUUUAUGGCCAGCCUUAUGCAGUAGAUGUCCCCGAGAAUGUUGCACCCGGAUCUGUAAUCUGCAAGGUUACAGCAGAAGACUAUGACAAUGACAGAAGGUUACCAGUGACAUUCAAAAUUGAAGAGGUUAUACCAAGUUCGGACACUGACCUGUUCUACAUUAAUGCUACAGAGGACCCAGACUUCAAAAUUGCAUAUAUUAAACUGAAUGGUUCUUUGGACUUCAACAAAAAAAGCAACUUCUACCAGUUAACUAUAAAUGCAACGGACCAGGGAGGAAUUUUGCAUAAUACAACUAUAUAUCAAAGCACUACAGCUUAUGUGUCUGUAAAAGUGGAGGACGUUCCAGAUUUGGAUCCAGAAUUUAUUGGUGCGCCUUAUGUGACUUCCAUUUUUGAACAUUCUCCAAUGAACCACAGGGUAUUGACAGUUUCUGCUGUAGACGGUGACAGGGGACUCAAUUAUGACAUCCUAUAUUACAUUGAAAGUUCUCCUAAUUCUGAUCUAUUUGUCAUAAAAAUGAAUGGAGAAAUCGAUGUAGCAGGAGACAUAGACCGGGAAGCUCUUUUGGACGAUGGGGAACAGAUUAUAAUACAAGUGGUGGCCCAAGAAAAUCAGUUGAAUAUUUAUGGACAGAAUGCAACAGCCAAUACAAGUGUUACCAUUCGUGUACUAGACAUUAAUGACAAUAAGCCUCAGUUUUACAACUGUGAAGUGACUGACUGUAAUUUUACUGCUGGCCCUGUGGACAGGUUCUUUGGAGAGAUUGAGGAACAUUCCUCUUUGCGGGUACCAGUGGCAAAUCUUACUAUCACUGCUAAUGAUCCUGACAAGGACCAGAAUGGAGCUUUUAACCUGUAUCUGAAAGGAGAGGAUGCAGAUUGCUUCACAGUAAGCCCACAACGAAUUGUAAAUACUGGACUGGUACAAAUCCUGGUCAAAAACUCUUUGGCUAUAGACUAUGAAAUUGUUCACAAGAUGGAAGUGGAGGUGGUGGCCAAUGACACAGGCUUAGGAAUUGACUGUUGUUCGGUUGCCUUUGUGACUAUUAAUAUAAUAGACAUAAAUGAUCAUGCUCCAGAGUUUGCUCAAGCAACAUAUAAACUUGCAAUUGAUGAGCACAGUCCUAAUGGCGCCAUCCUUGGGACAAUUACAGCUACUGACCCUGACUCUGGAGAUUAUGGAAGAAUUACUUACUCUUUAUUGCCAGAUUCCAUACUGAACUUGUUUCAGGUCAGUUCAUCUACUGGAGUAAUCACGGUGGUGAAUGGAGAUCUUCUAGAUCGAGAGCGCACCCCUUUUUAUUAUGCAACCCUAAAAGCACAGGACGGAAUGAACGCCACUGGGACCACUCUUCUUGAAAUUGAGUUAAUAGAUAUAAAUGACUGUAUUCCAGUUGCGAUAGGAGUAUAUAAUAUUUUUGUAAAGGAGAACGUUGAUGAUGUCAGGAUCCAGCUUGAGGCGACUGAUGCUGAUGAACCAGGAAACAAUAACAGCGUGAUCCAUUACGAGAUCCUUCCCAGUGAAUUCAGUGGGAAUUUCACCAUUAAUGUCACCACAGGGCUUAUCACAAGCCUUGGUCCGCUGGAUCGAGAAGCCAUUGAUAUAACACAGGUUGGACGCAUUACACUGACUGUGAAGUUGUACGACUUGGGAGUUCCUUCUUUAUCAAGUUAUGUGAAUGUAACCAUCAAUGUUGAGGAUUUAAAUGAUAACGGGCCAAUUUUCACUCAAACGGAGUACACCUUUUCUGUAAAUGAGAGCACACCAGGGGCUUAUGUUGGAAGUGUAAACGCCAGUGAUCACGAUCAGACUGAUUUAAAUAAUCGUAUCAGUUUCAGCAUUUCCCAAGGCGGAUCUGGGAACUUUAUCAUACGAGGACAAAGACAAGCAUUGGGCCAAUACCUUGGGGUCAUAACUUUAAGUGAUCCUUAUUUGGAGCUGGAUUAUGAACAACAGCAAAUGUACACCUUGAUAAUAGAAGCUGAGGACAAUGGGAUUGAAGGAGACAGUAAUAUUGCAGAUGCUACUGUCAUUGUACAAGUGCUUGAUCUCAAUGAUGAACCACCAUACAUAGUCCCCCCUUCUCUGGUAGAUCUUUACAUUUUUGAGAACACAACUGAUGGGACAAAAAAGAUUGCAACUUUGAAUGCAAAAGAUCCUGAUACCAACCAUAACCUGGAAUUCCAGGAACUUGCUAUGAGCUGUUUCAAAAAUGGAAAGGAUGUGGGCAGCAUAUGCUAUGACUGGCUCUGGCUUGCACCCAACGGAGAGCUGUUUGUGAACCAUACUGAAGAUGUUGAUUAUGAAGAGUGUGACCUUAUGGUGAUGCUUUUACGUGUGGAGGACAAGCUAACAUUUCUUGGGAACAGAUACAGCCAGAACGUGAGCCAGAGAGUGGUGAUACAAGAUGUGAAUGAUCAUGCUCCUGAAUUCUUAGACAUCGAGAGUGCAUUCGUGGUUAUACCUGAAACAGCUGUUAUUACUACUGAAGUUGCUUCUGUGAAGGCUCAAGAUAAAGACAGUGGUGAAAAUGCUGUAUUAAGCUUCUCAAUUUACAAAGUGGAAUUUAUUUCCUCAAGUGGUGACUCUCAGCAACUUGGAAACAUCUUCAGCAUUACCACCAGUUCUGAAGAUGGCAUAUACACAGGCUCUCUCAGAGUUGCAAGUAAUUUGGAUAGGAAAUUAAAGGGUCAGUACGAAGUGACAAUUACAGCGAUAGAUGGAGGGAAUCCUCCACUGAACUCUACCCGCUCUAUAACGAUAUUUACAAUAGAUGAGUCUUAUAGAGUGGUACUGCGAUUCUCAAAGUCUGUUGAUGAGCUGACUACAAACUCGCCAUUUAUCAUUGGGGAAAUUGGAAAAGCAACAGGCUCUACAGUAUUUGUGGCUGGGAUUGAAUCAGCGGAUGCUGUAAAAAGAGCCAUUCGUGCGGGUGAUCAGAGUAUCAUGACAGUUUACUGCAUAUUCAAUAAUGGCACCGCUAUAGCGCCAACCGAAUUGAGCAGAAUUAUUCAGAGCAACAGUGAAGUUUUGGGCAACCUUUUAAGACUUGGUCUCUAUGUCAUUGGACCUGAAGACCCAAUAAUACAAGAUGAUGAUAAGAAGUUUUUAGGGAUAAUUGCUGGCCUAGCUGCUUUCAUAGCUGUGGUUAUCAUCAUUAUGAUUACUACUAUAAUCUGCAUGAGAAAAAGCCAUUCACGAAAGAUGCGAAGUCUAAAAGCUUCAAAAAUUGCAAAAGCCUUACCUGGGGAAAUGAUACAAGGAGUUGAAGCCAUACCUGGGACCAAUAAAUUUAAUGCUGAAAGAGCGAAUCCUAUUCUGAAUCUCGAUCUGGACCUGGAAAUGGAUGGUUUAAGUUCUAGCAGUGACAGUGCCAGUGUGAAUUCUGAUUAUGGCAACAUACUUGAAAAGAGAAAUGUAUCUUAUCAGGACAUAAAAUCUGAAAACAAAUGCCUCUAGAGAUAGUGGACUUGGGGAAGAGCCUCUGGCAGCUGCUAUUAAAUGACAGAGAAACAUAUGUCCUACAGUAACAAAAAUCUAGACACCACUGACUUGUGAUGUAUCCAUAUAAUGGGACACUAAGCCUAAAAUCUAUGAACUGCAUGCUAAGCAGGCUUUCACAUUGUAGUCUUCAACUGU